ACCAAACGUCACAAUCAGUCUGUGAUCACUGGUUUGAAGAUAAAUUCUAGGGGGUUUUCCUUCUCAUUCCUUUUUCCUUAUUUUUGGCUAAAUCCUGGUUUCUCACAGAGCAUGUCUCGUUUCUAAUCCAGAUGCUGCUCGAUCUGUUAAAAUUACUGGUGAGAGGAGCUGAUACGUCAGUGAACACCCACUAAACUACCAUAGGUCUUUUAGCAAGCACGUUUCUGAAGUGUGCAGCAUGACAGAGCUCCACGAAGCCGUGGCUUUGGGGGACUACGACCUGGUGGAUGAGAUUUUGAGGACGGGGCGCUGUGACCCAAAUCACAAGGAUGUUGACUGGCAUGACAGGACCCCACUGCACUGGGCUGCUGCAAAAGGGCAGUCAGAUCUGGUCAGGCUCCUCGUGGAUCAUGGUGCCCGGCAUUGCCUACGGAGCGACGUGGGCUGGACUCCGGCUCACUUUGCUGCCGAGUCGGGGAGGCUGGGGGUGCUUCGCACCCUUCAUUCCCUGCAUGCUGCCAUGGACGCGGCCGACCUCUUUGGCGACACUCCCAAGAGACUUGCGGAAAUCUACGGUCACCAAGACUGCUCCAGGUUCUUAGAAACAGCAGAAGCAGAGAGCAGAAACUAUCGCAGGGCAGCUGCAACGAAAGGAAUCCCCUUAGACCAGAGAGAUGAAGACUGGGAGCUCAAGAAAGAAGAGCUUGAGAGAAACCCAAUGUUUUCUCAGGAGAGCUACACAUCCUCUGCUCAAAAGAAAAAUCGCAAAAAAAGGGGGAAGCAGUAGUGUGCCCUGCCUGUUUGGUGCCACUGAGAACCUGCAAUGCAGAGCAAAGACACUGGCAGACCUCAGGUGCAUCUGCAGGGUGAACUAUGGAUGACCAGGAGAAGCAGAUGGGCACAAGAAUGCAUUUUGUGAUGUACUGUAAAUAUUGCCAUUGAUAGGGAACAGAUAGAAGUGCUUCUGUCUGUGUGUCUAUACAUACCAGAUCUCAAAUAUCAGAAAACUGCAGACAGAAGAUGUUUAAAUAUACUAAUACUCUAAGUCAUGGAAAAGCUUAAAUUUGCAAAAAUGACAGCAAUUACUUAUAUUGCCUGAGAGGGAAAUGUUUUUGCUCCUAAUUGAUUCAUGAAAGCAUCUGGUUCUGCUCUCCCUAGUGAUGUCGGUGGCCUUUGCUUAUUUGCUUCUGGUCCUGAGUCAACCAGGAGGCUCUACAGGGGCUUGUAGCCUCUGGUGGUGCCUCUCUUUUCUUUGUGACUGAGGUGUAGUUGCUUCUUCUGGCUGAAGGGGAGACUCUGAUGUUGACCUGUUGCUGGACACGUUGAGUCUAACAGCUUGUAUCUAUCAUUCCUGGCCCAGCAAAAGUGAAAACGUGCUCCCUCGUUGCUGCUUCCAGUCAUCUGUGACUGCCGAGACAGUUAGAGCACUGCUUUAUUUUUAGCAGCGCCCCCAGCAUUUUUAUGCCUAUGCUGAUAUGAAUGCUGUGGAACUGAUCCUGAGCUAUCCCUCUGCUCAUCAGCACUUCCCCUGGCAAAACCAUUUUUAACCGUUUUACUUCUCAAUCACAAGAAGUGUUUUGAAUUUGACCCAAGGCAGUUUUCCAGACCAUGCAAGCACUGGGCAGCCAUUUUAAUGACUUCUGACAUAUUUUAUGUGUCUGCCUCCCUUCCCCUGUCCUUCCCAAACUUGGUCCUUCUGGUGUGCCUUAGUUACAGAUGUCCACUCUCCACACAACACUCAGGCAUUACAAUUGUAACCAACAUCUCUGUGAUCAAUCUCCUUCUUCUAAAUUUCCAGGGACUAAUUAAUCCAUCUACAUAGAGGUAUUUAAUGCCACCUGAGGUGCUCUCGAAUACCCAGGCUGACCCUGUAGGUCUCCAGAAGAUCCUGUCCUGUAGCUGCCAACCCUGUGCUGAUGUCUCAGAUACCCUAGGGACUUUUCAGAUGACUCAGAUUGGCUCUGUUUGGGAACAUGAGUCAAGUCCCAGCUUUGUUUUUUGUCAUUUGCACUUUCCAAGGCAUAUGAAACAUCAACUCCAAUCACAGUUGGCCUGGCUGUUGAAUUAGUGACAGCGCAAGUGGAGACAUAUCGUGGGACAAAGUGCCUAUUGCCAUGCUGAUAAUCUAAACAGGCCUGUUUCUAGCCCUGAGGCCAGUUGCUGGAGCAUUCUGUAGUUGAGGAACAUUUUCCCCAGAGCUGGGCACACCAUUACAUCUCUCUCCAGAGAGCAACUUUAGCACAUGGGCUGUGCACUGUGGCCAUGGUGUUUUAUAACCUGUCUCCUCCCAUUCCAGCUGGACAGGGCUGGUGCAUGGCAAGGGGAUGGUGCUGUGUUAGGGAUCAUGUUCAUGGGGGUUUCAUGGAGAUAGAAUCAUGGAAUCAUAGAGUAAUUAAGGUUGGAAAAGACCUCUAGGAUCAUCAAGUCUAACCGUCAACCCCAACACCAUUUCUGCUAAACCAUGCCCUGAAGUGCCACAUCUACACGUUUUUUGAACACCUCCAGGGAUGGUGACUCCACCGCCUCUCUGGGCAGCCUGUUCCAGUGCCUGACCACUCUGUCAGUGAAGACAUUUUUCCUAAUAUCCAAUCUAAACCUCCCCUGAUGCAGCUUGAGCCCAUUUCCUCUCGUUCUAUCCCUAAUGACUUGGGAUAAGGGAGAAGGGACCAACACCCACCUCAUACAACCUCCUUUCAGGUAGUUGCAGAGAGCGAUAAGGUCUCCCCUCAGCCUCCUCUUCUCCAGACUAAACAACCGCAGUUCCCUCAGCCACCCCUCACAAGACUUGCUCUCCAGACCCUUCACCAGCUUCGUUGCCCUUCUUCAAGUAACUUCAGGAAGAAAGUAUAGUUUGCUGGGGCUGCAUUCUUUUGUGUGAGAACAUCUGCAAGAUGUUGGGUUUGCCUGUUGAGUCUUGCGGUAUGUGAGCUUCUGAGGGGUGACGUUGCAUGGGAUGUAGAGAGUAGAAGGAUUUUCCAUGGUCUUUUUGUGAAAGUGGUUUGGACUGUAAUAUUAAAGGAUCAACUGCAUUCAGCAACAGCAGGGAAAGAAGGGAGGUGUGUGGUGCCUGUCCUUUAAAGGCCUUUUAGUUGGGGAGAUGUGUCUAGAUGAGAUGUUUAAGGUCUGCCUCCCUCAGGAAAUGUGGGUGGUGCAGGGUGUCUCCAGCUGUGGAAGUGGAACGCAGUGGAGUUUGGCAUCUGAUCUAAAUUGCAGCUAAAGCCAAAGAGCUAAAGGCUCUGAGGGUCUAAUUUUGAUCAGAUAACCCAAAACUUUUCUUUUCAGGGGAACAACAUGAAUGUAAUUUUCUGCUUUACUACUGCAGGAAAAGCCAGAAAAGAGUGAAAGCUAAUGGCUUGAAAACACUUUCUUGUACUUUCUUAUUAACCUCUUCCUCUUUCAUUUUUUGUGGGGAUGGAGAGAAAGAGGGAAGGGAGUGCUCUUCUGCCCACAGAAAAGGCAACCCUUAAAAUAAAAAGGUUACAAACUAUGCUUUUUCUCCUUCACUUCAACUUUUCAAAUUAGCAUUCCAGGGCCACUCAUGUUCUCUGAGCAGAAACUCUUCCUGUGUUGAUUUCUAAUAAAGAGUACA